GACGUAGUAACGUCUUCACAUUACAAUUCUUUAGAACAAGAACAACGUAAAGUGACGAUACCGUGACAAGUUUUUAAAGUUUAAAUUUAAAAAUAUCAAAACACAAAAUGGAUAAUUUUCUAGUUAAGUUAUUGAUAACAUUGACUAUCCAUGGUGCCAUGAGUGCUAUAAUUCCUGACAACAGUCAUCUUCUUUCGUUGAGGACCAAUCUGAUUAUUGGUCCAGAAACUCCAGUCUAUUAUGUAAAAUAUUCGUCAGAUAAAAAAAUGGAAUUCAAUAAAUCAGACAAUGUAUUCGAAGCUUCAGCAUUAUAUAAUUAUUACAAAAAUCCAGCCAACGACCGCACUAACACAUUCGUAUUAAAUGUAUUAGUUGUCUGUGACUAUAAACUUCAGAAAUAUGUCGAAAAAAAGGAUUUAUUACAGACUGUACUUGAAAAAUGGGAUGAAACUGCAGUGAGAUUAAGUCAAUUGAAUAAUCCACAGAUAAAAUUACGUAUUGCCGGAGUUAUUGUACCAGAACAUCCUGACAUAUUUGGUUUAUCAAACUUAGGAAAAAGUAACUCUAAUGAAAGUUCAUGUUAUCCUGAGUAUUCGACUUUCCGUACAUUGACUGAUUGGUUCAAAGAUCAUUACAAUAACUUUAGCGAUCUUAAAUAUAAUUUCGUUGCCUUUAUGUCAGGUCAAGAUAUAUGUAGCGAGGACACGAAAACAAAAAUGGCUAUUGGGACAUUCCUUGGGAGCAAUUGUUACCAAGACCAGAAAAUACUUGCACCUUUCCCGAAUGGUGUACUCAUCGAUUAUGUUCCGGCCCAUUUUGGCCUCUAUGCUACACAACUGAUUGCGAUGAAAUUUGGAGUUCAAAGCGACCAAGAUGUAGGCUGUGGGGCUGAUUACAUAAUGAGUUUAAAAGAGCAUCCAAGUUACCCUUGGGUUUGGUCUGACUGCUCAAAAGCAGCUUUUGAAAAAAUCACCAACGAUUCCGCAUAUGCAUGCUACAAAAUGUAAGCUCACAAGUGAAACCCAUUGGACUGGAAAAACAUUUUUUUUUAAAUUUAAAUUGAUGAAAAAUUAUUUUUGUCGAUUUAGUUUAAUGCUUCACUUUAUUUUUUUUUGCACAAUAAUUAUUUUAAACGUUAAUGUAACUUAUUAGUAUCAUAUAUGCAAGCAUAGUCGAACUAAUAGUAUAUUAUUAUUAAUAUUAUUCGAUAUAUAUAUCUAUAAUCCACGCAACUGCUUUCCAGGAAAGGUGACUCAGGUUAAAAUAAAAAUUUUUUUAUUUUUAAUUAUUUAUUUCUAUUGAUUGAUUUAAUGGCAGUAAUAAUUAAUAUCAUUAUAAAUAUAAUUAUUGUAUUUAAUUUAAUUAUUUAUUUAUAAUUUAACAAUCAUAAAUUGAGGGUAUAAAAUAAAAUUUUGCUAAUAAUA